GUGAUUUUUCGAGUAGGUGGCAGUGUUUUCUAUUCUCUUCUGUGAUGGGGCCCUUGCGCUGGGGGAUCUGCUCUGCCGGGAUGAUCAGCCACGAUUUCCUAGUGGCCCUGAAGACUCUGCCACCCGAGGAUCAUAAGGUGGUGGCCAUCGCUUCUCGUGAACUCAGCCGGGCACAGAAAUAUGCCCAGACAUACAACAUCCCCAAGGCCUAUGGGUCUUAUGCAGAACUGGCUCAGGAUCCAGAUGUCGACGUGGUGUACGUGGCGGUGAUCCAUCCAUAUCAUCUCCCGUCCACCUUCCUCUUCAUCCAGGCUGGGAAGAAUGUGCUCUGUGAGAAGCCCUUGGGCAUGAACUCUGCAGAAGUCAAGGCGAUGGUGCAGGCAGCCCGAGAAAAGGGAGUGUUCCUCAUGGAGGCCUUCUGGAGCCGUUUUUUCCCUCUUUCAGAGAAGCUUCGCUCCCUGCUGAGGCAAAGGACCAUUGGGGACGUGGUGAUGGUUCACGCUGAUUUUGGCUUGCCUCUGAUAACAGUCCCCAGGACUACAGAGAAAGAGCUGGGAGGAGGUGGCCUGCUGGAUAUCGGCCUCUAUUGUGUCCAGUUCGCCUGCAUGGUCUUUGAAGGAGAGAAGCCUGAGUCCAUUGUGGCCUCUGGUUUCCUGCAUGAUACAGGCGUAGACAAAACGGGCUCUAUCAUCCUGAACUUCUCAGGCAGCCGCCAAGCUGUCCUCACCUACACUGUGACUACCAAGCUGCCCAACCAAGCAAGCAUCAGUGGCACCAAAGGGAUCAUUGAGAUUCCGAGUACCUUCUGGAGCCCAGUACAGCUGGUUGUCAAUGGGAAGAGUGAAGAAUGCCCCCUUCCCUCUCCCUCCCAAAAACUGUACUUCCCCAACACCACAGGGCUGCGUUAUGAAGCAGAACAUGUCCGGCAAUGUCUCCUCCAAGGCUUGAAGGAGAGCCCCGUCAUGUCUCACGCAGACAGUGAGCUGGUCCACUCCAUCCUGGACGAAGUCCGUAGGCAGCUGGGGGUGUCAUAUCCACAGGACCGACCCUAACUCAUCUUUUGCAUGUUUUUCGAAGCCCUGCAUCUGCAGGUGGAG